CUGACGGCCAUCACCCGCUCUAUAUAACGGGCGGGCGGGGAGGAGAGGUCAGUGCAGUGCUCAUUGGAGUGUGUGUCUAACGGAUCUACUGUGUACGAAGAGCUAACAGUUUGCAGACUUUCAGAUUCAGAAUGCGUCGCACCAAAUCAAGCAGCCAGGUUGUGGCAAAUGCUGGCAUGGGAAGUUUUGAUAUCCAUCAUCAUAACAUCGCCCAGCAGAGGGUCCCAACUAACACGAUGCCCCAAAGAUCUAUACUUGGAGUCCUCAGUGAGAACGAACAGCGGCACAGGUCCCAUAGUGUGAGUGCGCUUCCUACAAAGAUGAUUUCUGGCUUUGAGAAUGCAUUUCCUUUCCCUGGGAAGAUGGUCUCCACAAAGGCUGCUGCAGUGCUCUCCAAGCCAUGCUUCGCCAUCUACAUCGAUGAGCCUGAGAUUGUUCAGGAAACGUAUCAGUUUGAAGUGGAACUUCCCAGUCUGGAGGAGAUGGAUGCGAAUGUUGUGAAGGAGAAGUUCACCUUGCUGCUUGAUGGCAGUGCAGCCUCUCCAAUGAUGGUGGACUCCACUCUUCCUCCCGACGACGAUGCAACUGAAACCGAUCCUGAUGUCAUUGCAGUCUCUGAGUACAUUGAUGAGAUUUAUCUUUACCUACGUCAGGCUGAAGUUAAACAUAGACCCAAACCCUACUACAUGAGGAAGCAACCAGACAUUACAUCAGCCAUGCGGGCCAUCUUGGUGGACUGGCUUGUUGAAGUCCGGGAAGAGUACAAGCUUCGAAAUGAGACUCUGUAUCUUGCUGUGAAUUACCUGGAUAGAUUCUUGUCCAGUAUGUCUGUACUAAGAGGAAAGCUGCAACUUGUAGGAACUGCAGCUAUUCUACUGGCUGCCAAAUAUGAAGAGAUCUAUCCCCCUGAUCUGGAUGAGUUUGUGUACAUAACUGAUGACACCUACACAAAGCAACAACUGCUGCGCAUGGAACACCUGCUGCUUAAAGUGUUGGCCUUUGACUUGACUGUCCCUACAAUCAACCAGUUCCUGCUACAAUACAUUCACAAGCAAGCUGUUGGCACAAAGGCUGAGCAUCUUGCAAUGUACAUGGCAGAGUUGACAUUGCUUGAGGUGGACCCAUUCUUGAAGUAUGUUCCCUCCCUGACUGCUGCUGCAGCCUAUUGUCUGGCCAACUAUACAAUCAACAGAAUUUUUUGGCCUGGUACCCUUCAAGCAUUUACUGGUUACACCUUGAGUGAUAUUGCACCUUGUCUGGUUGAUCUGCACAGAGCCUGCCUUAAUGCACCUCACCAGUCACAAAAAGCCAUUUGGGAGAAAUACAAAGCUCCAAAGUACAUGCAAGUAUCCCAUCUGGCAAUCCCUGCAACACUUCCUUUGUGAUUAAUAGAGCAUUCAAUGACUUGCACAGCACUUACCUCAAGACCAACAGUGUUGGUCUAAUUUUUAAGUAGACACUGCUGGCUAAGUGUCAGUUUGGCUUUUUAAAUUGUACAUUUUUUAACUUGUGAACUUUUAUGACUAGUUAGGAUUAUAACAUUUUAACGAUAUACUGUAGAUGACUUGGCCAUUAUUUAGCUGCCUGCCACCCAACUGAGGACAUCGUAAUGGAGUAGCAACAGAUCAGACCUGGUUUGGAGGUGCUGGCUCCAAGGCUGUUUUUGGCUUGCUACACUACUAAAUGAGGGGAAGACACAAGUGUGAAAGUUGGCAAAAAGUCUGCAUUCCAGUAGCAGAUCAAGGAUUUCAUUGACUGCCACAGCUUGCCUCAAUGGGCCCAUACCAGUUCCUAUGUUCUCUUGUGACACUAUCAUUUUGAACAAGACAAAUGGUGAAUUACUGGAUACAGAAAGGUGGUGGCUUCAAGUCAUAUCAAGGACUUUAGCAAUGGCAAACUAUUCAUGUAGAAUUGUCGUCUUUGUAUUUUAAUAAAAUCCUAUAAGAUGCUA